AGUGUGGACCUGCUUGUCACUUUGAUCGUGAACAUCUAUUGAAAUUCACUUUAAAUUGAGCAUUUCUUCCAUUGAACCUUCCAUUCUUGUUCUUAACUAGUGUUUCCCGUUAUCUUUGGCACAGGAGAGCAUUCGUUAGGUGUGGAAAAUGGUGCUAAAAUCGAACAAGAUGUACGUCUUCAAGCGAGACGGUCGCAAGGAAGAAGUACACCUGGACAAGAUUACAUCCCGAAUUCAAAAAUUGUGCUAUGGAUUGAACAUGGACUUUGUCGAUCCGGUUGCCAUCACCUUGAAAGUAAUCAAUGGCCUUUACUCGGGUGUGACGACUCAGGAGUUGGACAAUCUAGCUGCGGAAACCUCAGCUACGUUGACAACGGAACACGCCGAUUAUGCCAUCCUGGCCGCCCGGUUGGCCGUGUCCAAUUUGCACAAGGAAACGAAGAAACAUUUUUCCGAUGUGAUGCACGAUCUGUACAUGAUGGAGAAUGAGCACCUGAAGAAGCGUACGCCGAUGAUCUCGGACUAUCACUACAAGAUUAUCCAGGACAAUGCGGAUCGUUUAAACUCGACCAUCAUCUACGAUCGGGAUUUUGGCUACAACUAUUUCGGAUUCAAGACCCUGGAACGAUCCUACCUGCUGAAGAUCAAGGGAAAGAUCGUGGAACGCCCACAGCACAUGCUGAUGCGAGUGGCUAUCGGAAUCCACGGUGAGGACAUCGACUCUGCCAUUGAGACGUACAAUUUGCUCUCGGAAAGGUACUUCACGCACGCUUCGCCAACGAUGUUUGCCGCGGCUACCUGUAGACCGCAAUUGUCGUCGUGCUUUCUGUUGACUAUGAGCGACGAUAGUAUUGAAGGAAUCUACGAAACAUUGAAACAGUGUGCCUUAAUUUCCAAGUCGGCCGGAGGUAUCGGCUUAAACGUGCAUUGCAUUCGGUCAAAGGGAACGUACAUUGCCGGCACGAACGGAAUUUCCAACGGUUUGAUCCCGAUGCUGAGGGUGUACAACAAUACUGCAAAGUACGUAGAUCAGGGAGGCAACAAGCGUCCAGGCGCUUUUGCUAUUUACUUGGAACCGUGGCACGGUGAUGUUUUCGAGUUCUUGGACCUUAAGAAGAACACCGGUGCUGAAGACGUCCGAGCAAGGGACAUGUUUUACGCGCUGUGGAUUCCGGAUCUGUUUAUGAAGCGAGUUGAGGCUAACGAAGACUGGUGUUUAAUGUGUCCCCAUGAAUGUCCCGGGUUGUCGGAUACAUGGGGCGAAGAAUUUGAAAAGCUGUACACUUCAUAUGAAAAGGAAGGUAGAUUUAUUCGCAAAUUGAAGGCUCAAGAUUUGUGGUUUGCCAUUAUUGAGUCGCAAGUCGAAACCGGUGUUCCGUACAUGCUCUACAAAGAUGCUUGUAACAGGAAGAGCAACCAGCAGAACAUCGGAACGAUCAAGUGUUCAAAUUUGUGCACUGAAAUAGUUGAAUACUCUUCCAAGGAUGAAAUUGCUGUUUGUAAUCUUGCUUCCAUCGCGUUGAACAUGUUCGUGAAACCAGACAAAACAUAUGACUUCCAGAAAUUGAAAGAAGUAUCCAAAAUCGCAGCCAAAAAUCUCAACAAAAUAAUUGACAUCAAUUACUACCCGGUGCCAGAAGCUAAGCGCUCAAAUAUGCGUCAUCGACCAAUUGGAAUCGGUGUCCAGGGAAUGGCAGAUGCAUUUAUUCUGAUGCGCUAUCCUUACGACAGCGACAAAGCCCAGAAGUUGAAUCAGCAAAUUUUUGAAACCAUUUACUACGGUGCCUUGGAAGCAAGCUGCGAAUUGGCAGAAAAGGAAGGAGUAUACGAAACGUAUCCGGGAUGUCCGGUGAGCAAGGGAAUCCUCCAGUACGACAUGUGGAACAAAGAACCGACCGAUUUGUGGGACUGGGCUGCCUUGAAGGAGAAGAUUGCCAAACAUGGAGUCCGAAAUUCACUGCUCCUAGCGCCAAUGCCAACAGCUUCUACUGCUCAAAUUCUCGGAAACAACGAAUCCUUUGAACCGUACACUUCCAAUGUUUACAAUCGGCGAGUGCUAUCCGGUGAAUUCCAGAUCGUUAACCAUCAUUUGCUCAAGGAUCUUACCGAGCUGGAGUUGUGGGAUGACGAUAUGAAGAACACGAUCAUCGCGUCGAACGGAUCAAUUCAGAAUAUCGAACAAAUCCCGCAAGAAAUCCGCGAUCUUUACAAGACUGUCUGGGAGAUUUCCGUCAAGAACUGUAUCAAGAUGGCUGCUGAUCGUGGCGCGUUCAUUGAUCAGUCGCAGUCGUUUAACAUUCACGUUGCCGAGCCAAACUAUGGUAAACUGACGUCGAUUCACUUCUACGGUUGGAAGAUGGGUCUGAAAACGGGCAUGUACUAUCUGCGUACGAAACCAGCAGUUAAUGCCAUUCAGUUCACCGUUGACAAGACCAGACUGAAUCAAUCGAACCGAAUGAACAGUAGCUCGGUCGGAGGAUCCCCGUCGAAGAUGAAUGGCAGCACCAGCACUCCGAGUAAGAUGAGCGGUGCUGUGGCCAAGGGAAGUGUGUCACCAGAUUUGGCGGCGGACAACGCCCAGCAACAGGCGAAUGGUUCCGAAGCGGAGCGCAACAGAAGGAUGGCCGAGAUGGUUUGUUCGCUGGAGAAUAAGGAAGAUUGUAUGAUGUGCGGAUCGUAACAUGUGAAAGGUUGUAGCAAAAAUAGGGAGGCGCAACUUGCUUAAUGUAUGAUAGACCUUAGUUAAGUGCACCUGAUUUAAUUUUCAUUCACUAGACGUUUAAUUUCGAGGAUUUUAACUGCCAGUUCAUCAUCAUCCUUUUGUACCUAUUUUCAUGUAUUUGUGUUUUUGUGUUUUUGUGUCAAGAGACGAACCAGCAAAAGGCUGAAAGUCUAUAAUAAUGCAAAAGAAGAAAAAUAAGAAGAAGAAUGUAUUUGUGUUAAGAUUGGUGAAAUGGAGCAGCAAAAUAUACCAAAUUCCAAUAAAAGGACUAGGCUCAUUU